AUGCUGCUGCUGGGAGCUGUUCUACUGCUACUAGCCCUGCCCAGUCAUGGCCAGGAAAACACUGAAGGGCCUGAAGUCCUUCCCAUCCCCAAGGGGGCCUGCGCAGGUUGGAUGGCAGGCAUCCCAGGGCAUCCUGGCCACAACGGGGCUCCAGGCCGUGAUGGCAGAGAUGGCACCCCUGGUGAGAAGGGUGAGAAAGGAGAUCCAGGUUUUGCUGGUCCUAAGGGUGACACCGGUGAAAUUGGAGUGAGUGGGGUUGAAGGUCCCCGAGGCUUUCCAGGAACCCCAGGCAGAAAAGGAGAACCUGGAGAAAGUGCCUAUGUAUACCGCUCAGCAUUCAGUGUGGGACUGGAGACCCGGGUCACCAUUCCCAACAUUCCCAUUCGCUUUACCAAGAUCUUCUACAAUCAGCAAAACCACUAUGAUAGCACCACUGGCAAAUUUUACUGCAACGUUCCCGGACUGUACUACUUCUCCUACCACAUCACAGUUUACCUGAAGGAUGUGAAGGUCAGCCUCUACAAGAAGGACAAGGCCGUGCUCUUCACCUAUGACCAGUUCCAGGACAAGAAUGUGGACCAGGCCUCUGGCUCUGUGCUCCUCUAUCUGGAGAAGGGUGACCAGGUCUGGCUCCAGGUGUAUGGGGAUGGAGAGAACAAUGGGGUCUAUGCAGAUAAUGUCCAUGACUCCACCUUCACAGGCUUCCUUCUCUACCAUGACAUUGAAUGA